AUGCUGCCACUCUCCCUUCUCAAAACUGCUCAAGGCCACCCCAUGUUGGUUGAACUCAAAAAUGGAGAGACUUAUAAUGGCCAUUUGGUUAAUUGUGAUACAUGGAUGAACAUACAUCUCCGAGAAGUCAUUUGCACCUCUAAAGAUGGAGAUAGAUUUUGGCGUAUGCCUGAGUGCUACAUUCGGGGGAAUACCAUUAAAUACCUUCGAGUUCCUGAUGAGGUUAUUGACAAAGUUCAGGAGGAAACCAAGAGUCGCACCGAUCGCAAACCACCUGGUGUGGGACGUGGAAGGGGAAGAGGUAGGGAGGAUGGCGCUCCUGGACGUCAAGUAAAAGGAGUUGGACGCGGCUUUGAAGAAGGUGGUGCUAGGGGGCCUGGAGGAGGCCGAGGAAGGGGUGGCCCAGGUGGAAGGACUGCUGGAAACAGAGGUGCAGGGCGAGGUAGAGGUUGA